CAAAUUCCCUUUUUUGCUUCGUUAUGAAAUUCCCUCAGUUUCCAUUUUCCUUCAAAUUCCAAUCUUUCCCUCAUUUUCACAGACAAUUAUUUUCCUCACAACCCAAAUGGAAUUCCAACAACAACCCAAAUCUUGUAAUCACCCACCCAACUCUUAUACUCAUAGAAUCUUGCAAAUCAAUUUCACAAAUAAAGCAAAUUCAAGCCAAUAUGAUACACUCUGGCAUGAUUUCACACAUUUUCCCUAUUAGUAGACUGAUAUCCUUUUGUGCUUUGGAUGUCAAUGGUGAUAUAAACUAUGCAAAUGCUUUGUUUUCAGAAAUUAAUGAACCCAAUGUGUAUAUUUGGAAUACUAUGAUAAAGGGUUUUGUUAAAAAUCAGUUCUUGGAAAUGGGUUUUUGUGUUUUUAGGAGAAUGGUAAGGGAAAAGGUUGAAAUGGAUAAGAGAAGUUAUGUUUAUGUGUUGAAAGGGUGUGGGGUUUUUGAGGGAGUGGGGGUGCAUUGUAGGAUUUGGAAAGUUGGGUUCUUGAGUGAUUUGAUUGUGAGGAAUGGUUUGAUUCAUUUUUAUGGUGAAAAUGGAAAAACUGUUGAUGCACAGAAGGUGUUUGAUGAAAGUCUUGUGAGGGAUGUGGUUACUUGGACUAGCUUAAUUGAUGGGUAUGUGAAAAUGAAUAUGGUUGAUGAGGCAUUGGGGUUGUUUGAUUUGAUGUGUUUAAGUGGUGUUGAGUUUAAUGACGUUACGUUGAUAAUGGUGUUUUCUGCGUGUUCGUUGAAGGGGGAUUUAAGUCUGGGGAAAUCGGUUCAUGAACUCGUGAAGAAUAGAGGUGUGGAAUGCAGUCUUAAUUUGAUGAAUGCCAUAUUGGAUAUGUAUGUGAAAUGUGGUUGUUUGCCUGUGGCUAAAGAGAUUUUUGAUAAGAUGGAAAUAAAGGAUGUCUUUUCAUGGACAAGUAUGAUCCAUGGAUAUGCCAGAAAUGGGGAGGUAGACUUGGCAAAGAAGUGUUUUAGUGUGAUGCCUGAACGAAAUGUAGUUUCUUGGAAUGCCAUGAUUGCUUGCUACUCGCAAAAUAAUAGACCUUGGGAGGCCCUUGAACUCUUUCAUGAAAUGGAGAAACGAGGUUUGGUUCCCAUGGAAAGCACUUUGGUCUCUGUACUCUCUGCUUGUGCUCAAUCUGGUUCUUUGGAUCUUGGUCAACGAAUUCAUGAUUACUAUAUUAAGCAACAACGGGUUAAAUUCAGUAUGAUUCUGGCAAAUGCAUUAAUAGACAUGUACGGAAAAUGUGGAAGCAUGGAUGCAGCUGGUGAGCUCUUCCACGAAAUGCCAGAAAGAGAUUUGGUCUCCUGGAAUUCAGUAAUAGUAGGAUGUGCUUCUCAUGGUCUCGCCGAGAAGGCUCUCACUCUCUUUGAACAAAUGAAAUGCUCGGGACUCAAGCCUGAUAGCAUCACAUUUGUGGGUGUUCUAUCAGCUUGCGCUCAUGGUGGAUUGGUCAAUCAGGGCUGGGAGUACUUUAGGAGCAUGGAAUUAAAUGGAUUGAUUCCUGGGGUGGAACACUAUGCAUGCAUGGCUGAUUUACUUGGUAGAUCUGGGCAUCUGAAAGAAGCUUUUGAGUUCAUAAAGCAAAUGCCGGUGGAACCUGAUAAAGCUGUUUGGGGUGCUCUGCUUAACGGUUGUCGGAUGCAUGGAAAUGUUGAGCUGGCCAAGGUUGCUGCUGAGAAACUUAUAGAACUAGAUCCUCAAGAUAGCGGUAUUUAUGUGCUUCUUGCAACUUUGUGUGCUAAUGAGAGGAAAUGGGCUGAUGUUAGAAAUGUUAGAAGUUUGAUGAGAGCUAAAGGUGUAAAGAAGAAUCCAGGUCAUAGUUUGAUAGAGGUCGACGGUAACUUCUAUGAAUUUGUGUCUGCUGACGACUCACAUCCCGAAUCUCAGGCAAUACAUAAAAUGCUUGAUGAGAUUAUAUUGCUCUCUAAGUUAGAAGAAUGUGUCUCUGAUGCACAGCCAGAACAACCAUGACAAAUACACUGUGGUCUGGUCGAGUAAGUCUUGACAGGCAUGGAAGCACUUCCAAUUCCUCCGGUCAGUAAUUACUAACUCGUGAUUGAUCCAUUUAACAAUGAAGCUGGUAAAUACGAACACAUUGGUGAGUUUCCCUAUAGAGCUUGCUGCAAGUUUGAAGGUGGAAUCAGCUUGCAAAUCUUUGAAUAAUCAGGAUGUUGUAUGAAGAGGAUGAAGCACCUUCUCAAAGCAUUGGACCAAAAGAUUACCGGGACUACUAGAAGAGGAUAAAUUUAACAUUAUCAACCAACAAUUUUCAGGUAUUGGACACCUUGUUUUAGUCCUAGUAAAUGCUGAAUCACGCAAAAUUUGUUCUCUGAUCUCGAUGAAAAGAGGUCUUCGUACAUUUUAGUUGUUGGGAGGAAUGAAAACAUGUAUAGGGCAAGCUUGGACACUUAAAUAAAUUUUCUUACACCGUUAAAUAUGCACAUAACUUAAAUUCAAUAAUAUGUAACUUGAUGAGUACAUUUUUAGACACAACUAUUACCAUACAGAACCUUGCUCACUUACCAAGUCGCCCAUUUGAUGAGUACAUUCUUGGAUACAACUAUUACCAUACAGAACAUAGCUCGCUUACCAAGUCGCCCAUUUGAUAAAUAUAUUUUUAGAUACAACUAUUACCAUACAGAUCAUAGCUUGCUUACCAGAUCAUAGCUUGAGUCUGCCAGGAAAGAAAUGAGGAGGAAGCGAUGCUGUCCAUGAAGCUUUUGAAUGUCCCUGAAAGGGCCCUCCUUAGCUUCAUCUAUUUACCUAAAAUCUCAACACUAAGUAUACUACUUGUCUAAACUACAUGUCAUACUAAACAUUAGUUAGCUUUUUUUGACGAAGCAUUCUGAUAGUCCAAUCAAGUUAGAAUCGACUAUAUAUAGAUUGUUAUGUUCAGUUGACAUAAUACCCUUUGAUAACUCCUCCUCUAGUAAGAGACUCAUAAUUCGGGUUAUAUUCAUGAAGAACCCACUCUUUGUCUGUGGGAUUAUAGCGAUACGUGAAGUUCUCAUCAAACUUCCAUUCACAAGGCACCGAAUGGCUAACGCACUCGUAGUCGGAUUUAAACGCCACGAAUGUUCCCAUGUUUGUGGAGCAAUUGAACAUUGUUGAAGUGGGGAAGAAUUUUCUGAUUUUGACAGUGAUGUUGAAACUGCCCAUGGCAUUUAGGUGCUUAACGACACCAUCAUCAUCGAAGGAGAAGCAACGGAUGCUAAGGUAAUUUGUAUGGUUGUUAGUUAUGACAACAGUUUUUUGGUCUGGUAAUCUUGCUGCAACAUUUGAGACAUUUAUAUUGAUCAUGAACAAGAACAAUAGUGUUGUUGAGGUGAUAGUUGCUACAAUUUUAGCUUCUUCCAUGGUAUAUUGUAUAUGUUCCUUUUCUUUUCCUAUUUUCCUCCUGAAAUAUCAAAAUGUUAAUAAAUGUUAAAAAG